AGGUUAUAAUUAUAAAUUAUUGACAUAAUAACUAUAAACUCGCGCUGAAAUAAGUCCACUUUUAGUUAAAAUAUUUUAUAAAUGCACUGCAAAUUUCAAUUUUAAACCAAUUAACUUCCAAACGUCAGCUUCAAAUUUGAAAUGUAUAACCAUACAAAAAGCUGAAUUUUGUGAAAACUUCACUCCACAUAUAUGGCCAACGUGUUUACGAAUUAAAUGACGAAACAAACUGUCAAAGUGGAAUAAUUCCAAUUAGAAUUUAUGAAUUAAAAAUAAAUAAUUUAUAUUUCUAAAGUGCAAUAAAUAAAAAUAAUACAAAUAUGUCUGAAGAAUUUCGCGCAGUUACCAGGAAAAAAUGGAUAGCACGCAAGUCUAUAAACCCCAGACUGCGAAAGUUGUCUGAAAGGAGCAUAGAAAAAGAGGAGAAAGAAGUGGAUAUAGAGACAUUUAUGAAACGCCUGGAGUCGGUGUGCACACAUAUGGUGGGUAGUGAUUACUUUAUACAGGCAAUGGAGACUGUGGACGAAAGCCUAAAGGCGCUGACGGAGAAUGAGAAGUUCUCACGUCUAGUUUGUUUUGGUAUUGGUCCUUUCUGCCGCAACUUCCAAGCUUUGCACCAGCUGGCUUUCAUUAUAUGUACACAACGGCAUUAUAGCAUCGAUGAAGCUAUUUAUUUUGACCCGGUAUUUCGUGAGAGUGAAAAACAGAUUUUGCAACGUCUCAAUUGUGCACUAAUGACGGAGAAUUGUGAAGCAAAAUAUCAAGUAGAUGAACGUACACUAUUCUAUCUACCACAUUGUCCGAAUUGCUUGACCAACAAUUUGCUAUGGAGCAAUUGGCGUCCACAGUGUCUGAAGCAUUUGGUACUUAUAAAUAAUAGUUUCGAAAGCUUGUCGCUAAGCAAGCCGGAGCGUUUAUUACGGUUAGAUUCAAGUUAUAUAUUGGAUGUGUUGCCUUAUACAAAAGAAUAUCAACUGGAAGAUGAUUACGAAACGCACAAUGUUUUCAAUGACUUGUCAGUACAUGUAUUUCCUAUGGCCACACUUCCUGCCAACGAAAAUGAUUUUUGGACAGAAAGAGCAGCACCAACAUAUAACGAUGUUGAAAUGAUUUCUGCCGACGAGUUUGGAAAGCUCAGCCUAACCGAACACAGCUAA